UUAAGCUAGGGAUGAGAUGAAAACGCCAUGAUCAUCGUGCGGAGGUCUCUCAUAAAUUAUGGCCAGUGAAGAAAAUAACCCAUUUACAGAUAUUUUGUCUGCAGCUUUGGAUGAAUCAGGCAUAACAGGUGAUGAGUUUGAUUUUUCAGCUCCAGAGCCAACACCAGAACCUGUACAGUAUACAGAUCCUAACUUACUGAUAAGCCAAAACCAAUAUAUACGACAUGAGCCUGUCCCAGAUCCUAAUGUGUUUUCUCAUGCUUUGAAACAGUUGGCUACAACAAAUUAUCAGGUGUACACUAAUCAAAGAUCUAGUCCGGUUAUAUUUUCCAACAGUCGAGGAGCUCUCCACAAGACAUCUUCAUCUCCUGCCAUUAUAAGAGUUCCUCCAACAGGUCAAUAUGUAGGACAAAAACCACAACAGAUAAAACUUCAGCCAUCUACACAAGGUGGACAACCAAGAAUUAUCAAGAUUACCAGAGUGGGUAGUAAUGCAAAUAAUCCAAGUGCAAUUAACCUGGCAAAUCUACCAGGAUCUGGAGCUAUUAGAUUUAAUGCUAACAGUGGCUUAGGACUACACCCUUCAAUUCCAAGCAAUUUAGCUGGAAAGAAGAUCAUAAUUACAAAUGGCAUCGCAAAGACGAGGCCGUCCGAUAUUCCUUCUAGUCAUGUGGUUUACACUCAACCAAACAUUGUCCGUAGUACAAAUUCACCUGUGCAAUUUAUAAACCAAGGAGUGUUUGCAGGUGGCAAAGUGUUCCCCAGCAGUAGUAAUUGUGCAGCUGUGUCUUUGUUAAAUAAAAAUGUACCUCACACUUUACAAAGUAAUAUACCAACAAUGUUACACAGUCCAAGUAUGCCCAAUAUGAACAGUAACAGUUUGCCUAACGGCGAAAUGUCUAAUAUUAAGACAAACAUCACACAGAAAGAUAUUUCCCGGCUGUGGUCAAAUCAGGAUUUGAAGCUGAAGUCUGUUACACAGAAUAUUGCUGGAAUGCAUAGAUCCAUGAGUCAGCAAACUCUUGGCACCAGUUUUGUUUCAAAUGCAAAUCCACUGGAUGAUGAUGACGUAGAAGAAGAAGUUCAAGAAUUAGGACAUGCUGAAACUUAUGCUAAUUAUAUGCCUACAAAAUUAAAUUUAGGAAUCAAACAUCCAGAUCCAGUAGUAGAAACUAGUUCUCUGUCCAGUGUAGAGCCUCAGGAUGUCUGGUACAAGUUGGCUAUACCAGAUAUAACCAUAGAAUGUGGAGAGUUAUCUGCCCUUCAGUUAGAGGCUAUUGUGUAUGCCUGCCAGAGACAUAAUGUUAUUUUGCCAAGUGGAGACAGAUCUGGUUUCUUGAUAGGUGAUGGUGCCGGUGUAGGUAAAGGAAGAACUGUUGCAGGUGUCAUAUAUGAGAAUUAUUUACUUGGUAGAAAGAGAGCAAUAUGGUUGAGUGUGUCAAAUGACUUGAAGGUUGAUGCAGAGAGAGAUUUGAGAGAUAUAGGUGCUGGCAGAAUAGAGGUUCAUUCAUUGAAUAAGUUAAAAUAUGCAAAAAUAUCAUCAAAAGAAAAUGGCAGCGUUAAGAAAGGUGUGAUAUUUGCUACUUACUCCUCUCUGAUUGGUGAGAGUCAGUCAGGUGGGAAAUACAAUACCAGAUUAAAACAACUGCUGAAAUGGUGUGGAAAAGAUUUUGAUGGUGUUAUUGUUUUUGAUGAAUGUCACAAAGCCAAGAACUUGUGUCCAACAGGUUCUAGUAAACCAACUAAAACAGGACAGACAGUAUUAGAAUUACAAAACAGAUUACCUAAAGCCAGGAUUGUGUAUGCCAGUGCUACAGGUGCAUCUGAACCAAAGAAUAUGGCUUACAUGACUCGACUUGGACUUUGGGGCCCAGGAACACCAUUUAAAGAAUUUAGUGACUUUAUUCAAGCAGUUGAAAGAAGAGGUGUUGGUGCUAUGGAACUGGUUGCCAUGGAAAUGAAGCUAAGAGGGAUGUAUAUUGCCAGGCAGCUGAGUUUCCAGGGUGUUACAUUCAGGAUAGAAGACAUUCCAUUAGAGGAGAACUUUAUCAAAUGUUACAACAAAAGUGUGAAAAUGUGGGUAACAGCAAGGUCCAGGUUUCAGAAAGCCGCAGAUUUGAUGGAUGCUGAGCAUAGAAUGAAGAAAACCAUGUGGGGACAGUUCUGGUCAGCUCAUCAGAGAUUUUUCAAAUAUCUCUGUAUAUCAUCAAAGGUUAAUGCCUGUGUUAGGCUUGCUAGGGAUGCUGUCAAAAGUGGAAAGUGUGUUGUAAUAGGUCUUCAGUCAACAGGAGAAGCCAGAACUCUGGAACAGCUGGAAGAGAUGGGUGGAGAAUUGAAUGACUUUGUAUCAACUGCAAAGGGAGUGUUCCAGACAUUAGUAGACAAACAUUUCCCUGCACCUGAUAGAAAGAAAACAUUUGAUCUAUUUGGAGACCGAUUCUCAAGUUAUAAAGAUAAGAAAGAAACACCUGCUGCUGCUAAAAAUAAUAAAAAUAAUAAAAGGAAAAAUGGUGAUACUUCAAGUAAAAAGUCUAAGAAGGCCAAGGUUGAUUCUUCAGACACCAGCAGUGGUUCUGAUUCAUCUGAUUCAGAUAUGAGUGAUAUAGAUCUUGGUCUUGGCAGUGCCUCUAGUUCAGACAACAGUGAUGUCGAUAACUUUAAUCCAUUUGGAGGUUCUGACAGUGAUGAUGAUAAUCCUUGGGUGAAGAAAAAGAAAGGCAAAUCAAAAACCAAAAGUAGCAAAGUGAAUAAGAAAAAGAAAAAAGAUCUGGAUUUUGAUGAAGAAUUUGACAAAGCUCUAGCUGCAGCUGGGCUGCUGAAGAAAGCAAAUCCUGCUGCUGAAAAACCAUCAUCCUCAUCUAAUGGUAACCAUGAUGAUAAUAGUACUAAUGGUAAUCUUUAUAGCAUGGAUUCAGUAGAACAAGCAAUAGCACUUAAGAGAGAGUUGAUGGAUAUGCUGGAGGAGUUGGAAGAUCUACCUCCUAACACAUUGGAUCAUCUCAUUGAUGAAUUAGGGGGACCAGACAAUGUUGCAGAGAUGACAGGACGUAAAGGUCGUGUUGUUAGUACUGAGGAAGGAAUAAGCUAUGAAUCUCGUAGUGAAAUGGAUGUUCCAUUGGAAAUUCUUAAUCUCACAGAAAAACAAAGAUUCAUGGAUGGAGAAAAGGACAUAGCUAUAAUAUCUGAGGCAGCCAGUUCAGGUAUCUCCCUUCAGUCAGACAAACGUGCAAUUAAUAGAAAACGACGUGUACAUAUCACAUUGGAGCUUCCGUGGAGUGCUGACCGAGCUAUUCAGCAGUUUGGCAGAACACAUAGAUCAAACCAAGUUACAGCCCCUGAAUAUGCAUUCCUGAUAUCUGAAUUAGCUGGAGAACAAAGAUUUGCAUCUACUGUUGCUAAAAGGCUGGAAAGUCUAGGUGCUCUUACUCAUGGCGACAGACGAGCAACAGAAUCAAGAGAUCUCAGCAGAUUUAAUUUUGAUAACAAGUAUGGAAGAACAGCGCUUGAGAGUGUUAUGAAAUCAUGUAUGGGAUUUGAAUCACCAUUAGUGCCGUUCCCCAAAGAUUUUGAAGGAAAUUUCUGUGAUGAAGUAAGAAGAGGACUGGUUGGUGUUGGUCUGGUAUCUGUGGACUCUCGAAUUACUGUACCAAUUCUUGAUAAAGAUUAUAAUAAUAUCAGCAAGUUCCUGAACAGAAUCCUUGGUAUGGAAGUUUGUCUACAGAAUUCUCUGUUCAAAUUCUUCUCCAACACACUUAUGGCAAUCAUCCUGGAUGCUAAGAGGAGUGGAAGAUGGGAUAUGGGUAUUUUAGAUCUGGGUGCUGGUGAAGAAAAAGUUUCCAAGAAAGAAACAAAGACAUUUGUUGGUAAUGCGGCUUUGAAUACAGCUAAAACUGAAUUAAACACAGUUACAGUAGAAAGAGGAAUGUCAUGGACUCAAGUCCUGAACUUGUAUAGGAAAUAUUCUGGUGAAGAAGAUGGCUUCUAUGUGUCUGCUAAUGACAAGUUUUGGAAGAAGACUGCCAUUCUUGCUGUUUAUCAUACAACAAAUAAAAAAAAGGAAAAGUUAUAUGAUGUAUAUAGACCAAACACAGGUAGACAACCUCAUCCAGAAUCAUUGACUAGUCUAAAAAAAAGAUACAAAAAGGUGCUACCAGACAAUGCUCAGAAAUGGUGGGAAGACCAAUACAUCUCAUCUGCUAUCAACUGUAGUCAUGCCUUCUGGAAAGGCAAUUGCAAGAAGACAGCAUUAGGUCUGCAGUGUGAUGUUGGCCUGAGGACACGUACAUUCCACGUUCUCAGUGGUUCAGUAUUAAGUGUAUGGAAUAAACUAGAAAAUGUUUUAGCUUCUGCUCCUGGUGGAAUAAACUCAAAAAUGCAGAUUAUUCGUCUAAAAACUGAUGCAGGUGAAAGGAUUGUGGGGAGUUUGAUUCCAAGCAAUUGUUUAAUGGCAUUGUGUAACAUAUUGUCUCAAGAUUGUGUUCAGACUUAUACAGAGCAACAUUCUCAGCCAGUAGUUGAGACCGAUGAAUCUCAUCUCAGCAUGCCGUCUUUUGACUUUUAAUGAUUUGGUAGAAACUGUGAUAGCCAGCACUACUCUUUUCAUCAGUGAUCUCCUCAAAGUAGUCUACAAGUUAGCAAGUGAUACAAAAAUAUUUAUGUUUCAUGCAUUGUUGAAUAUACAAAGUAAUUCCAUGCCAAGACUUGUCAAUGCACAAUAAGAGAACUUCUUGGUGCUUUGGAGAUUGACUUGUGGUCCCAAAUAUAGGAUAAAAAAUAAGCAUAAUCGGGUUAAUUUAUUGUUGAUUGCUGCUCAUAGAGCUCUAGUCUAUUUGUAAGUUGGAAGGUUGUAUGUAUGUGUGUUUUGUUGGGAUAGAAGACAAAAGUGGAAGAAGAGUUUGUUCAGUAAAGUGAGAGGAAUUUAUUUAAUAAAUAGCCAUGUGUGAAUACAAAAAAAAGAAUAUUAGAAAUAUGAUAGAUCUUGAUGAAAGUGUAAGAAAAAAUGAAAAAAAAAUAUAGCAAACUUGGUUGUAAUAAUUUUUUGUCAGAAUAUGCACCCCUUGUUGAAGUAGCCACCAAACUUAUUUGCUUUAGUUUAGCCUGACUUAUUUUUCGUAAGGCCUUGAACGUCAAAUAUUUUUGAAAUUUUUUUUUAUAUAUUACCAUGACUACCAGGUACUAAUUAUUUCUCUUCAUAUCAAUUGAAAAAUCUGUGAACGAAUUUAUUGGAGAUAAAAUGUUGGAAAUGAUCUCUCCCCUUAUCAACUGAAAAAAAUGCUUAUAAUUACAAUGGGUGUUCUUUGCUUCUAGCUAUUUUUCAUUAAGCCUGAUACUGCUUGUCAUAAAUCUGUGAAGAUUUUUUAUUUUUACAAAAAUAUCAAAAAUAAAAAUUUUGUUAUCUUAUUUUGAAAGUUAAGUAUUUUAAAAUGGCAAGAAAAUGGGGAAAAAAAUAUCAGAAAAUGUCACCAGCACCUAUUUUUGUUUCCCCAAAUUCCAAAGAACUAAAUGAAAAUUGAUAUAGCCUUAAAAAAGUUAUGAUCACUUUGCAAAUAAUAAAAAACAGACAGGUCCGAAAUAUGCCUACAUCAAGGGAUGCAUGAUGUAAAAUGAUAUAGAUAUUGUUGUUUUGUGUAUAAACAAGUUGAAAUGUAUUUUUUUUACUAUGCUGUGAUCAUGAAGAUGUAAUAUGUAUAUUUGUCAAGUACAUAACUCAGUAGAUUUAAUACAGAAAAUGUCAGACACUUGUUAUUGUGGAAAAAAACAUUAUACAAUUACUGUCUUUUAAUGAGGUAAAUGUGUGGUUUUAUUGACUUUUGAAAAAACUGAUAUUCACUGAGGCCAACGGCUGAAGUGAAUAUCACUAGGUUUUUCAAAAGUCAAUUAAACCACAUAUUUACCGAAACAAAAGACAGUAAUUGUUUUAUUCCAUGUUCCGAUCGAGAAAAAUAUGUAUAAAAUAACAGUUAUUUACCAAAACCAACUAAACGUCAAACAUUGUAUCGUUAUUAUACACGUAAAAGCACGCGACGUUUUGCGCGAUGAAUAUACUUUUUCCGCAGGUGAAUAUGCUUAUUUAUUCAAAAUCCCAUUCAUAUAGAAAAACCUACUAAAGUUCUAUCAAUAAGGAAUAAAUCAUGUUAUCUGCUUAUUAUUUAAUUUAAUUUAACACAUUCUUUCUAACUUCAGAAAGUAUCUGUAAUAAUACUUUUUUUGUCGAGUUUCGGUGGAAGCAUUUAAAAGUGAUGACAGGUUAAAGAAAUUUUCUAUAAUUAAAUGAUACAAAAAAAUAAUUAUAGAGAGUAUAAAUAACUAAAAUAUUGUUAAAAAAGCAUUGUUUAAAAAAAACAAUUGUUUAGAAAAUAAAUGUUUUUGCUUUAAAAUCUUCUUUACCAAAUUUAUUCUAGAUUAUCGAAGAGAUCUUGUCAGCAUUUCAGCAUGUCAUUAAAAGAAAUUCUGAACGCAAACAAAAAGUAUCAACAGUUAUGGUACUGAAAAAAAACAUGUAGAAAUUGUUUUGUAACCAACAUGUUUGAUGGUAAGAAUGAAGAUAUUAAUGCUGUUCACAUAUUAAAACCACAAGAUAUAUAACCCAUUCAUUAGAUAAUAAUCGGCAAAUUUGGUGACAUAUUUUCACCUUAAAGUGACCGAGUUAACAACUCCAGCAGACAAUCUGUCCUUGCAACAAACUUGUCAUUACAGCAUGUGUAAAAAGAAAAUGGAUAUUGCCUUUUGUAGUUUUUAUACAAUAUCAAAUGACUGAUAUUUUCUACAAUACCUAACAAAAGUUGUGCACUGAAAUGUAUUUAAAUAUGUAAAUAGAAUUGUUGGUUUAUCUAGAGCAUUUAUCAUAUUGUUAAAGCAAAGUAUUGAGUUUAUUAUUACAUGUAAAUUUGUAGAUGUUUAGUAAAAAUUUAUAUGUUAAUUUGGUGCCAACUAGGGUUCUAUGUUCCAUACCUGUCAACCCAUAGAUCUUGUUUAACUGUAUUGGACAAGUAUGGAUGUACAAUGUCAGUUAAUUUUUCAAUUUCAGAAACCAAUGCAGUAAUGAAAUGUUCAGAUUUCAGGUUUUUUAUUAAGUCAAGAAAAGGUUAAUAAUUUAUUGUUACUCCUAACUAGCAAAAAAAGUGGAAGAAAAUAUUCAAGGAAUAACCAAAAACUACAAAUAAAAAGAAAUACAAAACUGGACGAAAAUAAACACAAAGAAUAAGACAAGCAACAGCCUGCUUAACAAUACAAAGAAAACUUAAAACAUGAUCCCCACCAUGAACGGGGUGAACUGAGGUACUUCAGAAGGGUCAUGAACUGAGGUACUUCAGAAGGGGUCAUGAACUGAGGUACUUCAGAAGGGGUCAUGAACUGAGGUACUUCAGAAGGGUCAUGAACUGAGGUACUUCAGAAGGGGUCAUGAACUGAGGUACUUCAGAAGGGGUCAUGAACUGAGGUACUUCAGAAGGGGUCAUGAACUGAGGUACUUCAGAAAGGUCAGCAGUUCCUGUUCCACUAUUCAAAUUUGCUGUAUAGACACUUGUUAGAGAAAUGAAUCAUGAUGGUGCUCUUAUAAAGAUAUUUAUGCCCCCGCCAUAGCGAAGGGGGCAUUAAGUUUUACCCUUGUCCAUCUGUAUGUCUGUACGUUCCUAAAUUGGUUUCCGUUCUCUAACUUUAGUUUGCCUCAACCAAAUGUUAUGUAACUUAAACACAAUGCUUACUACCACAAAACACAGAUCCAGAUUGAAUUUUGGUGGGGUCACUUUUACCAUUCUAGAGUUAUGCCCCUUUACAAAUGGAAAAAUUGCUGAAUUUUUCGUUUCAGUUCUCUAACUUUAGUUUUCCUCACCCAAAUGUUAUGGAUCUUAUACAAAAUGCUUAUUACCACAAAACACAGAUCAAGUUUGAAUUUUGGUGGCGUCACUUUUACCGUUCUAGAGUUAUGCCCCUUUACAAAUGGAAAAAUUGCUGGAUUUUUCGUUUUCGUUCUCUUAAGUUUGCCUCAACCAAAUGUUAUGAAACUUAUACACAAUGCUUAUUAACAUAUUACCACAAAACAUAGAUCAAAUUUGAAUUUUUAAGGCGUCACUUUUACAGUUCUGGAGUUAUGUCCCUGUAUAACAUUAUAUGCAAGCGGGGGCAUCAUCUGUGUCCCAUGAACACAUGCCCCAUUUAUUAUGCUUAUAUGACAUAAAGACAUUAAUAAAUAUUAUUAUGAUCUAGUUGUUCAGCAUGUUCAGAUGGCAAAAAAAAAUUCCAAAAAAAUACUUCACUAUGUUUUUUCUUUUUUGAUGACAAGUAUAAGAUAUAGUAUAAUUCUAAACCAAAGCUAUCAGAGGCAAUAUGGUUUAUCUGUUCUUUUCAAAGAAACUUGUUUAUCUGUAAGGAUAUUGUGUAGUUUUGAUACUUUUAUGAAUUUCUUAAUUUGGUGGUAAUACAAUCUGUUCUAGUUUGGGGUUUGUAUGCAUGCAAUAAUGUUUUAUUACCUUUCCCUCUUAAGUGACAAUCCCUGCAAGGCUUUGUUAAAGAUUAGCCUCAAAAUGAAAGGCCAAUUCCUGCAAUCAACUUGUCAGUUCAAGGGAUUAUGAGGGUUUGGAGGGAGGAAUGGGUGUUGUUCUUGCAUUUCUUUAUUUCAGGUCAUUUUUUUUUCUAUCUUUAUAUUUUUUUACCCAUUAUUCUCCAUUCUUUAUAUUUUAGCAACUCAUUAUUCUCCAUUCUUUAUAUUUUAGCACCUCAUUAUUGUCUAUUCUUUAUAUUUUGGUUGAUUUUUCUGUAGUAUUGGCUCCUUAUUCUCUAUUCUAUAAAACCCAUCCAGACCCUCAAUUACGUGGAAAGUAGGAAAGUGUGAAAAACAAGGGGAGAAAUAAGGCAACUGUUCUGUGUCCUGUCCAAUGUUUCAUAACUGAACAGGUGACAUGGAAAAAAAGGGGAGGAUAAGGUCACUGUCACAUUUCCCAUUAAAUGUUCCACAACUGGAAUUUAAAAAGCAACUGCUUAAAGGGAAAAGAUAAAAUUCUGCAGUUUGAUGAAUGGUCACUUGUUGUCCAGAUUGUGCAAUAUCUUAAUGGAAUAUCAGUUGAGAAGGAUCCAGACCAAACAAUUGGGAAUUUAAGAAAUAUGGAAAAAAUGAAUGAUGGGCUAUGAAAAAAAUAUUUACUGAAAAAUGACCACAUUAUUUAUCUGUUUUGUUUGUCCAUUGUAGAGUUUAUUUCAUGUAAAUAAGUUUAUUUGUAUAUUGAUAAGGUGAGGUUUAAGUUUAUUUGUGAUUUCAUAAAUAUUAAUCCUUUUUGCUAAAAGGAUAAGUUAGAAAUGCAUUUGAAUGUGUUAGACUAUUGGGAUACCGAUGCUUAUUUUUAUUUCUAGAAACGUGAAGUUUAUCAGCAAAAUUGUCAACUUUAUACUGUGAAUACAACAUACAACCUUCACAUGUAUGUAAUUGUUAUAAACAUGGCUAUCUGUAUAUACACAAAGCACUCAGUGUGUUUAUCUGAUAACUUUGUAUUUUGUAUCCAUAUAACCUUUUAGAAUAACAUGAAAAUUUAAUGUCAUUAUAUAAACAUUCCAACCAUAUGUACAAAUAAUUAAAAACUCAUAUGAACAUAAUUAUCUGAUAGGCACAGAUUAGUAUGAUUUGACCUUGAACUUUAAAGCAUAUGUGAGACUGUAAAUUAGUGUGGUUAUUGUGUUGAGACUUGUUGGCUUAUAGCAUGAUCAUACAUUUUGGGCUAAGUAUUAUUUAUUUAUUUGUGUGAGCGAUUUUGUACUUGUUUGUAGACUGUGUUCAUACUUUUAUAUAUAUAUCUAUUUUCUUUUUAUUGAAUUCCAUAAUAUGAGUAUGUUAUUAGGGAUGUAAAAGUAUCUUUCUGUCUUUAUCAAUGUGUAAAAUGAGCUGCGUCGAAUCGAAAUCGACCUUAUGGAAAUGAAUAUCAAUACAUCUGUUAACCUAUUUCGGGUUGAAAAAACCUCCAUGCAAAGUCUAUAACUGCUUGAAAAUUGAGUUGAUGUAAGAACUCUACAAAACAGACCAACAUUUAUCUCUUAUUUCAUAUUUGAAUGUUCGAAAAUAAAGCACAGUCUUACACGUGUACCUGAAUACGUGCACUUGCAUAAGGUCGAUUUCUAUCCGACGCAGCUCAAAUGUUUACUUUGCAUUUUAAAAAAUUGAAAAAAGAAUGAAUGGUUUGAAAAGCUUGAAGACCAUUACUUAUACCCAGAAUACAUAUUUGAAUACAGUCAGACACCAUGAUAUAAAUUUUUUUGUUGGAUCAAAAUUCCAUAAAGCAGAUACAACAGACAUUGAUCAAUUUUAUUUUUGAAUGCUUAUCUUCCUUUAUUUAGGGAGUAGAAAAAGAUUAUUUAAUUGCACGUUUGUUCAUGUUUCAUUUGUAUUUAUAUUUUCAUUUUAUUUUAUAGUCAUCAAAUACAUUUAAAAGAA